ACUGUCUGCAUAUUUGUCUCAGCAGUUUCAGAAGUGUGAGACCAAAAAUGAAGCUGAGUUUGUUCUUGUUCACUCUUGUUGGUCCUUGUUGGUGCUUCAUGACAAACCAGCUUUUCCAGUAUCACGUCAUCGAUGAGGAGAAGAGUUGGGAUGAAGCUCAGGAAUACUGCAGAGAGAAACACACUGAUCUGGCUACAGUGAGGAGCAUGGCGGACAUGGACAGAAUCAUUCCUGAUUUAGGAAACAAGAAGGCCUGGAUAGGUCUGUACAGAGACGCUGGAGGCAGCAGAAUGUGGAAAUGGUCUCAGCCUGAAGUGCAGUUCAAUGAAAGCCAGAAGAAUGGAUGGAAUGAAAAUGAACCAAAUGAUUCAGGUACAGAGAACUGUGGGACUAUAUGGACCAACCGAAAGUGGGCAGACCUGUCCUGUAAUGAAAAAAGACCUUUUGUCUGCUAUGAUGAAAGAAACUCAUCUCACGCCAUUUAUGCUAAAGAGGAAAGGAACUGGACUGAUGCUCAAAACUUCUGCAGAAGCUAUCACACAGACCUGCUUAGUGGAGCAGAGCAGAUAAAAAAUCUGAAUGGGGUGAAGAAAGAGCAGUUAUUCCCAAAUGGCUCCAAACAUGAUUUAGUUUUCUUUGGCUUGUUUAGAGACGCCUGGCAGUGGUCUGAUGGGAACAACUCUUCCUUCCGAUUCUGGAAUCUGAACUAUGAUGAUGAGAAAAACGUCAGCAGUUGUGUCAUGCUGAAUGAGAAAGGAAGGUGGAAUUCUGAGAAAUGUACUGAAACUCAUCACUUCGUCUGCCAUGACGAUCAUGUGAUCCUGAUCAAUGAGAGCAGGACCUGGGAGGAGGCCUUAUACUACUGCAGACAUCACUACAAUGACCUGAUCACCAUCACCAACCUGGAGGAACAGAGAUGGGUUCAGGAGAAAACCAAGAAUGCUACAACUCCUUAUGUGUGGACGGGACUGCGCUACACCUGCACUCUGGGGUUCUGGUUCUGGGUCAGUGAUGAGGUGGUCCGCUACAAGAACUGGGCCUCACCUGAACAGGUGAAUGAGUGUGACAAGUCAGGAGCCAUGGAGACAGGAGGAGAACACAAGUGGGUCAAGAAACAUGAUGAGGAGAAGCUCAACUUUUUCUGUUCCACACCUUAAAACUGGCGUAAGAAGUUUGUUUUCUCAACAUGUUAGACAUUUUUUUGUUAAAAGCUGAGUGUUUUGGUUUAAAUUCUUCAUUCUACAAAAAAAUGUAAAGCUCUUGAGUUUUUUUGUUUUCUAGAUAGUUUACAGGAGAACAUCAUUUUCCUCAUUCUCAUCCACCUUAAGGUUUUGUCAGCAUUUUUCCAUCUUUUAUUCAUUUAAAACACUUAUUUUCUCUCUUUUAAUAUAAAAAACUCCAUUAUGUUAUUGCACAAAAAUGGUUAACUUGAACUUGUGUCAGUGCGCUCGAAGUAGACUGUAGUUUUUAAUUAAUAGGGGUGUAAAUGAGUACAUUUUAACAAUGAUUUGAUUCAAUAUUUGUGUUUGAUGGACAAACUUUGUUGUAACGCAUUUUAUUGUUUUUUUUCAGUACACACACACAAACCCAUAAAUCUGAAAAACCCUGUGCUAACUACCAACUGCUGUAAGUUACUCUGUUCCUCAUUCAAUAAAAGGAAAAACCUAAGUCCCCCUCCAAGCAUCUUCAUUGUCUGACUGGAAUCACAGUCCUUGAUCUGACGGCUCAACCAGCAAUCCCCUAGCGAGGCUCGAGUAUGGUGGGGAUGAA